AUGGGCCCCCCUCUCCUCCUCGCCUGCCUGCUCGCCCCCCUCUGCGCUCGGGGUGCCAGCCCAGCCCAGCCAGGUGCCGCAGCCCCAGGCACCCCCCAGGCCUGGCAGCAGCAUGAGGGUCCACGGCGGGUGAAGAGGGCCUGGGUGAUCCCCCCCAUCAGCGUCUCAGAGAACCACAAGCGCAUCCCCCAUCUCCUGGUGCAGAUCAAGUCGGACAAGCAGCAGCCCGGGGGGGUGAUAUACAGCAUCAAGGGGCCGGGGGUGGAUGAGGAGCCCCUGGGCAUUUUCUCCAUCGACAAGUUCAGUGGAAAGGUCUUCCUAAAUGCCAUGCUGGACCGGGAGGAGAACGACCGCUACCGGCUGAGAGCCUUUGCCCUUGACCUGGGUGGAGUGACACUGGAGGACCCCACUGACCUGGAGAUCAUCGUAGUGGACCAGAAUGACAACCGGCCGCUCUUCCGGCAGGACGUGUUCACGGGGCAUGUGGUGGAGGGGGCUGAGCCAGGGACCUGUGUGAUGACGGUGGAUGCCACUGAUGCCGACGACCCCGACACGGACAACGCAGCACUGCGGUAUUCCAUCCUGGAGCAGGGCGCUGCCAGCAUGUUCAGCAUCAAUGCCACCACCGGGGAGAUCUGCACUGCACAGCCCGGCCUCGACCGCGAGACCAUGGGGGUGUACAACCUGACGGUGCAGGCAGCUGACAUGUCCGGGGAUGGGCUCACCACCACUGCCAUGGCCGUCAUCUACCUGGAGGAUAUCAAUGACAAUUCUCCUGAGUUCACCAAGGAGGAGUUCUCCAUGGAGGUGGAGGAGCAGGCAGCCGGUGUGGACGUGGGCAAGGUGUUCGUGCACGACAAGGACCUGGUGGGCUCUCCCAGCUGGCUGGCCAAAUACACCAUCCUGGAGGGCGACCCUGAGGGCUCCUUCGCCAUCCGCACUGACCCCCAUACCAACGAUGGUGUGAUCUCCGUGGUCAAGCCACUGGACCACGAGGUGCGGGACCGCUUUCAGCUGACGGUGUCGGUGCAGAAUGAGCAGCCACUGGAGCCCACGGCCCCCCCCAGCCCCAGGGCCCUGGCCACGGUGCGUGUGCGUGUGCGGGAUGUCAAUGAGGCGCCCAUCUUCCGUGAGAACCCGAGGAGGAUCAGCGUGUUGGAGGGGACCCCCCCGGGCACCCCUAUCACCACCUACACCGCCAGUGACCCCGACACCCACCAGAUCCAGACCCUCACCUACGCGCUGCUCUACGACCCUGCGGACUGGCUGCAGCUGGAUCCCCACGCCGGCACCGUCCGCACCAAGCGGGAGCUGCUGCACCCCUCGGCCUUCCUGCAGGGCGGCUGGUACAUUGCCCUGGUCCUGGCCCGAGACGAUGCCGAGCCCCCGCUCUCGGCCACCGGCACCCUCUCCAUCGAGAUCCUGGAGGUGAACGACCACGCACCGCAGCUGCAGACGCCAGCAGGAGUGCUCUGCGGGCGGCCGGGACGCGGAGGGACCCUGCUCCUGGGGGCCACCGACGAUGACCGGCCCCCCCAUGGAGCCCCCUUCCACUUCCAGCUCAGCCCCCAGCAGCCCCAGCUCGCCCGCAACUGGAGCAUCACCCGCUUCAAUGUGACUCACGCGGUGCUGGCCGUGCUGGCGGAGCUGCCCGAGGGGCCCUACUCGCUCCCGCUGCUGCUCCGGGACUCGGGGACUCCCCCGCAGGAGCAGCAGCUGCUGCUGAACGUCUCGGUAUGUCACUGUGGCCGGGACGGCACCUGCCAGGACGGGGUCCUGGCUGCCGCCACCGCCGGGGCCGGCAUCACCCUCGGGGCCCUCCUGAUCAUCCUCGGCAGCACUCUCCUCCUCUUUGUGCUGGUGGCCGUGGGGGCCGUGCGGGUGAGGGGGCGCCGCCGGGCGCUGCGCAAGGGGCUGCUGGAGCGCUCCCAGGACGACAUGCGAGACAACAUCCUCAACUACGACGAGCAGGGCGGGGGCGAGGAGGACCAGGACGCCUACGACAUCAACCAGCUCCGGCACCCCGAACUGUUCUCAGCCCGGGCCAAGCCGCCGGUGCGCAGGGACGCCCCACUCAGCUCUGGGACGCCCCUCGCCCCCCGCAAGCUGCCCAACAGCCCCUCUGACAUCGAGGACUUCAUCAACCAGGGGCUGGAGGCAGCUGACAGUGACCCCAGUGUGCCCCCCUAUGACACGGCCCUCAUCUACGACUACGAGGGCUCGGGCUCUGUUGCCAGCCCCCUCAGCUCCAUUGUCUCCAGCCUGACAGAUGAGGACCAGGACUACGACUACCUGAGCGAGUGGGGGCCACGCUUCCGCCGCCUGGCCGACCUCUACGGGCACUAGGGGGGAUGGGGGGGCAGGAGGGGGGCACCCCCCUGUCCACAGAGGGGCUGGGCCAGGGAAGGGACAGAGAGGGGCUCACACAGACAAGAGAUGACCAGAUGCAGCAGCUUUGGAUAUGGACACGAACAAGACACCCACCUGGAGGGGCUUUGCAAGAGGACUCCAUGCAGAGGGGUCCACACCUGCAUCCCCCCACAGACCCCAGACCAGCAAACCCAGGCAGCCCUGGGGGGUACACCCUGGGGGAGCCCCACAGAGCUGGGGAGGGGGGUGAGAAGACCCCUGGUCAUGCCAUAAUAAAGAGCAGGGGCCAGUGGUGGGGGGUGGUGUGUCCCCCCCACACCAGUGGCCCAUAGCCACAAGGCACUUUUGUUGGGAGCCAGCAGCACCCCCUGGGGGGGCAUCACCCCCACCCCAGGGCUCCCAGCACCGCUCUUCCUGGGGCAGGAUCUGGCCCUGCUGCAGGGAGGGCGUGUUGC